AUGGCGCAAUUUGUGGUCAUCUGGAGUAUAUUUCUGUAUGCUUCCUGCUUGGCGCUGAGCACGGCCGAUAUAAUAGUACAACAAGCCACUAAAGUGCCGGUAGUCAACAACAAUGUUGAUGGAGUUGGUGUAGGCGUGCAUGUGGGUGUGGGAGGCGAAGGCGGAGAAGUUGGCGUGUCUGGAGUAGGCUCAGAUAAAAAGGAAGAACGCAUUUACCAUCCUGCAGCCGUAACCAAACCCAGAGUCAUCGAGCAAUAUGAUCAUCGUUCAUUGGAUGGUCACUACGAGUACAGAUACCUACUCAGUAAUGGUGAUGCCCGGUAUGAACGUGCCUAUUGGGUUCCAGCGGGUAAAAGUAUGGUGCUUGCGCGGAAAGGAUACUACUCUUACCCUCUGCCGAAUAGCAAAUUUUUAACUGUUUUCUACACAGCCGAUCAAAAUGGAUAUCGUCAGGACUCGACUACGUACAGCAGAUCUCAACCGACCCUCCCACGUAGUAUUGAAGUGCCUGAAUAUGUAGCAACACCAGCACAUGCAACUUAUGUACCGGUAACACAGCGUCCUACCAGCCCUCAUGUAUAUAUAUCCACCACAACCAGAAGACCCUCUAUUCAGCCGACCGGAAAUCCCUUCAUACAGUCGUACCCAUCAUCAGUUCCUCAAGCAUCUGUACACCACCCAGAGAUUGUUAACCCAGCACAUCCAUCCUACAGCCACCAAUCACAGGUUAAACCAAUUCAUAGUUCGGUUGGAGGGCACUUCUCCUCGGGAGCACACUCAUCAUCAGGAGGUCAUUAUCCUUCAGGAGCGAACUCUGCCCCUGGAGUUCAUUUGCCAGCUGGCGCUCAUCCACAAGUGGGAGUCCAUUUCUCUUCAGCGGUUCCAUCUUCUUCGAUAGUUCAUUCAUCUUCAGCCGUUCACCAUUCACCAUCCGUAGUUCACACUUCAUUAGGAGUUCAAUCAGGAAUUCCAGCAGGAGUGUCAUCAUCUUCAAAUAUUCACUCUUCAGCGGGUAUUCACCCCGCGUCGGGAGCUUACUCACAAGCGGGGGUUCAUGGUGCGUCUACAGUUCACUCACCUUCAAUAGUUCACACCUCACUGGGAGUUCACUCAUCAUCCUCGUCCGGCGCUCACUCCGCACCUGGUCAUCACUCAACCGUGCGCCCAUCCACUCAAGUGUAUCCCUCUCAUCAACACCAAUCAUCGGCGCAUGUUCCCACAAUUCACUCCCCAACAGGAGUGCAUCCAACAGCUGCCUCAACUUCGGUUCCAGUUCAAACGUGGCACUACAACUUUUAAAACAUUGGAUAAUAGCGGAUUAAAACGAUGAAAUCAUAAAACAAAUUCGGACGCGGUUUACGACCCUACAAUGUAAACGAAAAAACAAUUACAAAAAUCGAUCCUUAAUUUUUUAAACAAAUAAAAAAUGCAUUCUUCAUACAA